GUGUUUUGACAUCACUAACGUGCUGUAUAUUUGUGAUUUUUACAAAUUCUAAUUACAAAAAACAACUCCUCCCAAUAAUUUUGUGAACUCAUUUGUUUUGAUUUUUUUGUUUUGUCUAUAUUAAUCAAAUCCGUCCAAUGCGCAGACAAGCGAAUCUCGGCUAAAUUUAUAAACGGCUCCGCCAUAAAAACGAAAAGAAAACAACACAUACAUUUUUUUGACACGAAAACUUCGGAUGAAAGCAAACGAAUUGUUGUUGUUGUACAUGCAUAAAUAUACGUUUGCAUAUUUAUUUGUUUCUGCAUAGACGACAACAUUAACAAGCAUAAGAAUACACUAUCAAUAUCUAGCACAGGCCAGCUACAUUAUUUAAGAUGGCUUCGAACUCGUCGAAGAAAAAGUCGUCUGGUCUGCGAAUGUUGUGGAUACCGGGAAGAAAAAGCCAUCAUCCAAAAGGUCGAUACAGUUCGACCAAUAAACAUGUCUCGUAUUCGCCCAGCCAAAAGAAAAGCGAAGUAUGGACACUGGGCGGCAGCAGGGCUCAAACUGAGCUGAUUGACUUGCCAUCGCCAACGGAAAGUAAUAACGGUGCUUCGACCUCAUCAUUGGCCACAUUGGGCGCCACCGCCAAAAUGUCAUCGACGCUGGUGAAGAAUGUGAAGUGCAACAACGAGCAUCAGCAACAGCAUCUGGAAAUGAUUGUAACUUCCACCGAUUCGCUGGCAAUCACAGAAUGCGCCACACUGCCAACAACUCCAGUUGCCGCCAUCUCGCCAAAUUUAAACAGUCCACUUUCGGAGCUGGCUCCAUCGACAGCCUCAACACAGCCAAUGACAUCGCCAAUUAUUGUCACCACAGUUGAAAUACCAGAUUUGCAUCACAAUGUCAUUCCCGAUGACUUUCCAAAGGUGCCAUCGAUUGGCGAUCCAACAGACUUAUCGACAUCGGCGGUUGUAUUGAACAGCUCGGCGGGCACGACAGCAUCGAUAACAACAAACUCAUCAUCGCCGUUGACCAAUCGAAAGGCGAACAGUAACAGUCAGGUACAAAUCAACAACAACAACAACAGCAGCAGCAACUCACAGAAUGCGUCGCCACACAAAGGCAGCAGAUACAGGAACCACAAUAACAAUCAGGAUGACAUCAAUUCAAUUGAAAGCAUUACCAGUUUUAGUAAGUCACAGGUGAACACAGAUUUCGAAUGGAUCGAUGAUAUGGUGCAGCAGCGCACGUGUAGCGAACUGAUGCACAAGAACAAGCGCAAGAAAUCGAAGAAGCAUCUGGAGAGUAAGGUGUCCGAUCAAUUGGAUGGAGGCCCCAGCAAGAUUAAAGAGAAAUAUGAUAGCAAUGCUGAUGAUGAUGAAGGUGGUUAAAUGUCUCUAUUAUUCACUCAUGUGCUGCGACUGUACAAUAUCAUAGAACGUGGAAAUAUAUAGACACGCAUAUGUACCACAUCUAUAAGGGCUAGCUAGAUAGUGUAUAUAUGUAAUAUAUACAUAUAUAUAUAUAUGAGUAUAUGUAGUAAUAUUAUAAGGGCGCAUAUGUGUGAUGAUGAUGAAGGUAAAUGAAAAUCAUGAUGGCAUUGCAAAUAUGUAUUGCAUUUACAACAAAAAAGAAACGAAAAAAGAAAAACAAAAAUACUACUGCUCAAUUACUUUGUAUGUAUGUAAUGUAUAAAUAUUUGAACAUUUUUAUACGGAUCAGAAUAUAAUUUGCCAUUAAGUUUGUCUCCCCCACCAUCCCCUUAAUGCCUCCAACAAACCACCCAAAAAACAAACCAGAAAUAUUACUCUUCUUAAAAGUAUUUAAAACGAAAUCGAAACUCGAAUUACCGAAUUUUUAUGUUGUUAUAUUAAUUUAGCGAAUUUAUGCAGCGCACACUCAACACAAAAGAAAAAGACAGAAAACGAAAAUAAUGAAAUGCCGAAUAAUUUACUGAUAUUAACUUAGAUUAAUAAAACGAAACAAAAACGAAAACGUAAACGUAAAGCAAAUAAAGACAGAUAUAGCUACUUGAUAUUUGAUAAACAUUUACCAUAUAUUUCAUAUAUAUAUAUCUCUAUACACACGUUGUAAAUAAAGUGAAAGCAUUUUUCUACUUGAAUAAUUUUUUGUCAUUUAAUGGCGUUUGUCGCAAAACGCUUGCUAAUCAUUCAUAUCAUAUUCACGUCACAUCACAUUACAUACAUACAUUUAAGUCACUUAAUAUCAUAUCAUAUAUCACAUCGCAUACAUACAUAUGUUCCCGCCCCGCAAGUUCCUUGAUGUAAUUGGCCAAGUACAAAAAGAAAUGAAAACACACUCAACUUGUUCAACUUGACAUAACAUUUUUCAUAAAAAUUUAAUACAAACAUUAAAUUUACAAAUAUAUAUAUAUAUAAAAACAAUUCACAAUCACAUAUAAAUUUUUAUCAU